AUGAACCACACAUGCUCCUCUGAAGCGACCAACGUGACUUCUUCCGCCGCUGCCGCCAUCGCAUCAGAAGCGGACGAUGCCCCCCGCCUCCUCCUCCUGGGGGGCCACCUGCUGUGGGAGGUGGCCCUCAUCGUGCUGGUGUCUGUGCCCCUCACGCUGGUCACCAUCCUGGGUAACCUGCUGGUCCUCGUCUCCUUCCGGGUCAACGCCGCGCUGCGCACCACCAGCAACUACUACCUGCUGAGCCUGGCGGUGGCCGACCUCAUCCUGGGCACGGUGUCCAUGAACCUCUACACGGCCUACAUCCUGCUGGGCCGCUGGGCGCUGGGGCCCGUGGCCUGCGACCUCUGGCUGGCGGUGGACUACGUGGCCAGCAACGCCUCCAUCAUGAACCUGUUGGCCAUCAGCUUCGACCGCUACUUCUCCGUCACCCGACCUCUGACCUAUCGGGCGAAGAGGACGCCGAAGCGCGCCGUGGUGAUGAUCGGCCUGGCUUGGAGCGUCUCCUUCCUGCUCUGGGGGCCGGCCAUCUUGUUUUGGCCCUACAUGGUCGGGCGUCCUCCUGCGCCGUCGUCGUCAUCUGACGGGGUGGAGGAGGUGGAGUGCUCCUUGCCUUUCUUCAAGGUGCCGCUGCUGAUGUUUGGCACGGCGAUCGCAGCGUUCUACCUGCCCGUCUGCAUCAUGGUCAUCCUCUACUGGAGGAUCUACUGGGAGAUCCAGAACCGGGCGAAAGGACUCGCCUUGCUCCUGGGCCAGAACGCUGGAGCCGGAACCGGAGCGUUCACCCCAAACAGUUUACGCAAGCAGUCGAUGACGAUGACGUACCCUGGCACUGGUAGCCAGGACAACAGCUUGAGAGACCCUGAGGAGGAGGUGCCUAUUGUGACGAACAAGACCCAGAGAUGGCCAAAGACGUGCUGCCUUUCAAAGGAUGUGGGCCUUCAACAGCUCCACAAAGGGAAGAGUGGUGUGGCCGUCAUUUUGGAGACGGCAUCAUCAAAAAAGCGUGAAGGCGGUUUCCUGGAAGAGUUCGACAGCUGGAGGAGAAACACCAACAAGGCAGAAGAGGAGGAGGAGGAGGAAGAGUGUGUUGUUACAAUCCCUUCAGGAGAGGAACAAGAUAUACAGGACAUUCAGGGGUCAAACACCACAAUAAAGUUGAAACUACUUCACAAGCCAUCAGAUGGCAGCCUGGACAUUAAAAUGUCACCUCGGGCUUCCAUCACCACAGCAGGCCAGACAAGCAAGCGGUCCUCUCUGAACGCCGGGCCUGUGAAUAAGAAUAAACCCACAAUGGGUUCUCUGAGGCCACAAAAGGGCAAGCGGCGACGCAACAUGAUCAUACGGGAGAAGAAAGCGGCGCGGACGCUGAGCGCCAUCCUGCUGGCGUUCAUCCUGACGUGGACUCCGUAUAACGUCAUGGUGCUAGCCUCCAUGUCCUACUGCGUGCCCGAGAAGCUGUGGCACCUGGGAUACUGGCUGUGCUACGUCAACAGCACUGUCAACCCCAUGUGCUACGCCCUGUGCAACAAGUCCUUUAGAAGCACGUUCAAGAUGCUGCUGCUCUGCCGUCAGAGCGGGCACAAGAGCUGGGGCAUCAGUAGCCGUAGCAAGAGCUGGGGCGUCAGUAGCCGGAGUCAUCAUCACACAUCUACCAGGACGCAGCAGACUUGUAGCACUGUUUGA